AUGGGUGCAAAGAGCUCUGUACAAGCAAUCGCAAAAGCUGCCGAGGAGGCGGGUCUAGGCCCAUGCGCUGCCUUCUCCCGUGCGUUCUCGUCCACUGCCUUGCCCGACCCGCACGAUGCGUCGCCGUCGCCCAACGGCAAUUCCAUGCUCAGCCCUUCCCCGAGCGCGAAGACCCCGAAGGCGGAGAUUUGCCAGGGCUGCCAGGCCGAAGUGAAUGAAUACGCGCAGGGCGCCAGGGCCGAGAUCCUUUGCCGCCUCUGUCUCCGGCGCGAGGACGAGGCCUUGCUGGCUCCAACCGAGCAGGAGCAAAUAGGCUUGGAUCGAUUGGCCACCGUGCUGGACACAGUUUCGUGGAAAUAUUGGAAGCCGGGUGAGCAGCCGGCGCGGAUUCUGGACUGGAUGUUCCUCGGAGACUUGAAGGAGGCGACAGACUUCGAGCUCCUACAGCAGCAGAACAUCCGAGCAGUUCUGAAUCUGAUCAACUGGUGGGAGCUGAGCUCUCGGCUUCCGGAGGUGUCGGAUUUCACGUCGCUGUACUCCUCCCACGACGUGGAGUUUCUGGAGGUCGACUCAGAGGACCGGCUCUUCUUCGACAUCGUCGCGAAGUGCUGGCCGCCCUGCGAGGCCUUUCUCCAGCGCUGCAAGGCUCAAGGCCAACGAGCGCUCGUGAACUGCAAGGCAGGCCACAACCGAUCUGCAUGCAUGUGCGUGUGCUGGCUGGUCGUUCAUGAGGGUAUGACUCUCAUGGACGCCGUCGAGACCAUACAGUGUCGGCGAGGGACCAUUCUCUCCAACCACGGCUUUCGACUGCAGCUUGUGCGCCUGGCACUGCGCUACAACCGCCUGGGCGAAGUCGAGUUCGCGCAGAAGUGGGCUGGGCAGGUUGGGCGGAUGCCCCGAUCCUUGUCAGGGGGCAACAGCAGACGCAGCGCGCGGCUGGACAGCAUCAUCCAUCAGAAGCGCAUGACGGUGCAGUACGACAUCAAGCCGGAGGAGGAAAACACAGCCAGCUCUGCUCGGACAUCCUUGCAGACGAUGCGGCCUCGAAAGCUGUCUUUGAUUUCAAAGGAGGUGCACAAUGAGCUCAAUCAACGAGCCCUGAAAAUGGAACUCCUAGCCUGCCUCUACCAUCGUGACAAGAAGUUUCUAGAGGACUACGAGUACACAUCCCAUCCGCCCACGGUCAUCGGCAGCGGCUUCAGUGGAGAUGUCCUGCUGUGCCGGAGAAAAGAGCGGGCCGCCGUUCGACAGAACAAAGAGACCUACGAGCGCUGCGUCAAGAAGUUCGACCUUCGGCAGAUGAGCCCCGAGAAGCUGGACAAGCUGAAGAACGAGGCUGUGAUCUACCUGUCCCUGGAACAUCCCCACAUCGCUCGGCUCUUUGACGUCUACGAAGAUGACGAACAGGUCAGCCUGGUGAUGCAGUUCUGCUCAGGCGGCACCCUGGAGAACGCGAUCCGGGCCCAGGGGGCCUUCAGCGAGGCCCGGUUUCAGGAGGUGGCCGUGCCGAUGCUGCUGGCUGUGAACUACAUCCACCGUGCCGGGAUCGUGCACAGGGACAUCAAGCCUCGGAACUGGGUCUACGAGGCGGACGGUGCCACCAUCAAGCUCAUCGACUUCGGCUUCAGCGUCAAAGGCUUCCUGGAAAAUGAGGGCUCGCUGCAGGGUUGUAUGGGGACCCUGGGCUACCUCGCACCCGAAGUGGUCCUUGCGGGGCUGAGCAGCGAGAAUGCGUACACCGACAAGUGCGACAUCUGGUCCCUGGGUGUGGUGUUCCUGGAGCUACUGACGGGUGAGCCUGCGUUUCACAGAGAUGCCGGCCAGUGCGACGGGUACACGGAAGAGGUUGUGCUCAGAGAGAUCAAAGAAGUGUCUGAGGAGGCCGUGGAAAAGAUGCUGGAUCCGCUGCCCAGAGACGCCGCAGCGCUACUGCGCCGAAUGCUGACACGGGAGCCAGACAACAGGCCGUCCGCGGCCGAAUGCCUGGCAGACCCCUACCUGGCUCAGGAGCGGGACCGGUGGAAAGAUCCACCGCGCGCCUUACCGGUUCGGACCAUCCUUGAGCGGUUCCAUGCCCACUCUAUGGCCUCCCGAGCGGCUCGGGCCUGGCUCCUAGCUGUGGCGCGCUCGCCGACCUACUUGCCCUGGGAGGAGUUCAUGGCUUUGCGGGACACCUUCAAGAUGUUCGAUGCCCACGGCCUCAAUGGAGUGGUGAAGUUCGAAACCUUUCUGGCGGUCAUCCAGAAGAAGUCGGCGGACUCCCCCACGAGGUCCUACUGGGCCAGCUCCCUGAAGACUGUGAGCGAGGACCAGGAUCGCUUCAUGGUGGGCGCGAAUGCCUGCCCACAGGAGUCGAUCCGAAGAGUCUGGCGUGCAGUUUGUGGGGAGCAGGACUCCAUGAGCUAUUGCGAGUUCUUGGCGGUGCUCCUCCCUCCGAUUGAGGAUGUCUUUGAAGAUGCCAGGGCAACGGAGAAGCCUCAGCCGGAUGACCUUUCACCCUUGAACCCCAAUGACCAAUGGAAUCCAUCAAGGCCCAUCUCGGAGUACAUCGUGCGGCUGAAGAAGACGAGCUCCAAAUUCUGGUCUCUCCACAUCUUCGACGAGCACACGAGGGUAAGAGAUGUCGUGGCAGAGAUGGCUCGCAUCCACAUGAGGUGGUGCCUCGUGAAGUAUGCAGAUGGCUCACACCAGUUCUUUGAUUACAUGGACAUCAACCAUAAGCUGUUGGAGACGGCGCACUCGGAGGACCAGGCUGCCAGAACGCUGGAACUCCUUUGUGAGGCGGAUGUCGGGAGCUUGGCCAACUGCUCCAAACUUUGUGCCUUCGUGCCAGCUUCCAUUGACACACCCGUGCGAGAUGUGCUGAAGGUGAUGGCAGGCCGCAGGCUACCAAGCAGCAGCGCAGGGCAGGGCAAAGCACGGCGAGUGCCCUUGGUCGAUGCGCAAGGAAACAUUGUUGGGAUAUUCGCUGCGCCUGAUUUUCUCCAGCUGGCUUUGAGAUACACUGCGCCCACAGCCGUGCUCAAGUCACUGGCAGCGAAGGUUUUCGAUCGUCGAAGCACUAUCCUGCAGGUGUCUGUUCAGCAAGACGAGCCCCUGCUUCACGCCUUGCAGAACAUGAAGGCUGCAGACCUCUCCAUCUGCCCGACCACCUCCCGAGAGCUUUCUGGAGACCUCGGUGGGGUGGUCGCCAGCAACGUCGUUUCGGUUGCGGACCUGAAGUGGAUCAUCUGCUCUGGGAGGUUCGAUGUUUUGGGAGCGUCCGUCUGCGAUUUCCUCGCCUGGCGCACAGAGGCCGAGGGCCAGAGCCUGGACCAGAUCUUGCGGCUGCAGCGGCUGCGCCGCUUCAAUGUGGUGUCUGUCCAUGAGGGGGCAUCGCUCCACCACUUAUCCCUGCGCCUGAUCGCCUCGAAGCUGCAGCGCAUCUUCCUGGCCUCGGACGAGAUCGCGCGCAUUGUCGGCAUCGUUUCCUCCAGGGACAUCCUCCUCCAAGUUCUCGACCAGAUCAUCUGA